UCACCAUCUUGAAGAACUUUCAUUUUAGACCACAGCUUCAAAAGGAUUUUCAAACUUGCUCACUUUUUUUUCCUGCCACAGUGAGGUAUCGCAAUGGUGCUGCAGCGUUUCACACCUCUGAUCAUUUGCAUUUUUUUAACUAAAUGCCGCGGACACACUGAAUUCAUUUAUACCACAAACAAUGAAGUUAAAUUGCAGUGCAGCACCAACAAAUGGCAAAUCAGCACAGAGUCUGACAACAAACGUGAAGCAAUCUGCACAGUGGAGUGUGUUAAUGGUGAAACACUCAAACUUAAUAAUACCCAGAAUUCCUGCAUAAAUAAAAAAUCAUACAAUGUUAGUAAAAACUGUCUGCUAAUAGCAAGGAGUGGAUUUUUUCGAUGUGUUACUGCUCUGGAUUCUGGUUUCUUGUUUCCAUUCAAACCGUCACCCAACACUGUCACGUCUUACAUAGUCGCCACUGCAAAUGAAGAAAUGACAACCAAGUCUGAGGAAAGAUCUUCAGUCGAACUAACUGAAGGUGAAGAUGUACUUUUAAACUGCAGUUUCAACUUAACAGGAAAAUAUGACAACCAGAAAUUUAUACUGUACUGGAUCAAGACUAUUGGAAAGAACAGUAGCUGUGUGUAUUCUUAUGAUUAUGGCUUAUUGGACGGAAUAAAGUACGAUCAUCACUGCACUGUGCAAGAAGAACUGCGUUACAGACUCUCAAACCAAACUGAAGGCAAAAACACCCAUAACAUCAGGAUCAGUAACGUAACAGAGUCAGAUGCUGGACAAUAUCUUUGUGCUUUACAAAUACAAGGAAAGUGGAAGAUCAUAAAGAAUAUUACAGUCAGUGAUUCUAAGACUAAAGAAGAUAAAAAACAUAAAAACAGCACUGUUUCCAUCCUGUUAUAUGCUACAAUCCCCAUAUUACUGGUUCUGGCUCUAGCUGUUGUGGGUUUUAUCUGGAAAAAGACUAAAACCUCAUCAGGGUCUGUGGCAAUAAAACUACAAAGAAACCAAAAAGGAAAGGAUAUGGAAGAAACUGAUGAUACAGAAUGUUCUCCGUAUGCUGUGGGGACUGGAGAAGAGGAGACUCGAAGAGAAUCCGCAGACAUCUAUUCAGUUGUGAAGCAGAAUGACUUGUAUGAACACUGGAACUAAGAGUACACUGAAACACUUGAUGUUUUUAAGGAUCGCGGGGACCUGGAGCCUAUCCCAGGAGGCUUAGGGCAUGAAGCAGGGUACACCUUGGACAGGGUGCCAAUCCAUCACAGGGCACACACACAUACAUUCACUCACUAUGGGCAAUUUAGGAACACCAAUUAGCCUAAACUGCAUAUCUUUGGACUGUGGGAGGAAACCGGAGUACCCGGCACGGGGAGAACAUGCAAACUCCAUGCACACAGAGACGGAAAUCUGGCCGAGAAUCGAACCCGGACCCUGGAGGUGCAAGGCGACAGUGCUAACCACUACACCACCGUGCCGCCUAUUUACACUUAAUUUAAAGUUUUUUUUAUGCAUUUUGUGAAUUUUUCUGUAGCCUAAAAGAAAGUUUACAUUCCUCUACUGUUAAUAAAUUAUAUUGUAAAAUGUUAAAAUCUAUAUAAAAAAUAAACAUUGUGCUAAAAUGA